AUGGCCAUCAAUCGGAAGAUCUGCUUCUUUACUCUCAUAUUGCUUCCCAUGGUUACAGCAACCCAUUCCAACUGCAUCAUUAAAAAGGAGCAAGAGACUUGUCUGGAGAAGAUACGGAGGGCAGCUGCCCUGAACCCUCUCAAUGACUCUUCUCCAGGUUGCCCAGGAAUGUGGGACAAUAUUACAUGUUGGAAACCUGCAAGUGUGGGUGAAAUUGUGUUUGUCAAGUGUCCUGCACUGUUCAGAUUUAUCAUCUCUGAAGACGGUUGGGAAGUAGAUAACUUGGGGCAAAACCAUGCAGGUGAUUAUGACCUGCUGGAAAGCACAGCCCAGUCUCCCCUAGGUGACAUCAGCAGAAACUGCACUGAAGAUGGCUGGUCUGAACCUUUUCCUCAUUAUUACGAUGCCUGCGGCUUUGAUGAAAAUGAAACAGAGUCCGAUAACCAGGAUUACUACUACCUAUCUGUGAAGGCUCUGUACACGGUGGGAUACAGCACUUCUCUUGUUUCCCUCACCACUGCCAUGGUUAUCCUGUGUCGUUUCAGGAAGCUUCACUGCACUCGAAAUUUUAUCCACAUGAACCUCUUUGUUUCAUUCAUCUUACGGGCAAUAUCUGUAUUCAUUAAAGAUGGGGUUCUUUAUGCUGAACAGGAUGGCAACCACUGUUUUAUCUCAACGGUGGAAUGCAAAGCAGUGAUGGUGUUUUUUCACUACUGUGUCAUGUCCAACUACUUCUGGCUUUUCAUUGAGGGAUUGUACCUUUUCACUUUAUUGGUAGAAACCUUUUUCCCAGAGAGGAGAUAUUUCUACUGGUACACUAUUAUUGGCUGGGGUACCCCAACAAUUUGUGUCACUGUCUGGGCAGUGCUGAGACUUCACUUUGAUGAUACGGGCUGCUGGGACAUGAAUGACAACACUGCCUUGUGGUGGGUGAUCAAGGGUCCUGUGGUCGGAUCAAUCAUGAUAAACUUUGUGCUUUUUAUUGGCAUAAUUGUGAUACUUGUGCAGAAACUCCAGUCACCUGAUAUCGGGGGCAAUGAAUCCAGCAUUUACUUGAGACUGGCUCGCUCUACACUACUGCUUAUCCCCUUGUUUGGAAUUCACUACACGGUGUUUGCUUUUUCUCCUGAAAAUGUCAGUAAGCGGGAGAGACUAGUGUUUGAAUUGGGACUGGGAUCUUUCCAGGGUUUUGUUGUUGCUGUUCUCUAUUGUUUCUUGAAUGGGGAGGUGCAAUCAGAAAUAAAGAGAAAAUGGAGGAGCUGGAAAGUCAACCGGUAUUUUGCUGUGGAUUUCAAACAUCGCCAUCCUUCUCUAGCGAGCAGCGGAGUGAACGGGGGGACACAACUCUCCAUUCUGAGCAAGAGCAGCUCUCAGAUUCGGAUGUCCAGCAUAAAUGCAGAGAACCUAGCGACAUGA